GGCUCUCUAACCCCACCCCACCAUGCAAGUAGCUGAGGAUGCCUGCACCCAUCUGGAGGACGAGCUGCUCUUCUGUGAAGACUGCCGCCUGUAUUUCCGGGAUUCCUGCCCACAUCACGGACCCCCCACCUUCGUGGCUGACUCUCCGGUUCCAGAAAGGGCUCCGUCGCGGGCACUGUUAUCCCUGCCCGAGGGCCUUUUGGUCAAGGAGAGAUCCCAAGGAGGCUUUGGAGUUUGGAAUGCCCUUCCCGCCCUGCCUCGUGGCUGCAUCUUUGGGCCCUACGAGGGGGAAGUGGUCCGGGAGCACGGCGACUGCACCCGUUAUUCCUGGGCGGUGCGGGACAAUGGCUCCUAUUUCUUCGUCGACGCCUCCGACGAGUCCAAAUCCAACUGGAUGAGAUACGUGGCAUGCGCCUCCACCGAGGAUGAGCAGAAUCUGACUGUUUUCCAGUACCGGGGUUACAUCUACUAUCGGGUCUGCCAGACUGUACCUGCUGAUACAGAGCUGCUGGUAUGGAUUGGAGAGGAGUAUGCCCGCACUCUUGGAUUGCGCUUGGGCGAGCACUUUAAGUACGAAUUCGGCGAGAAAGAGCUGCUGAUGAAACUCUUCCAAGAGCUGCACCUCAAGACCCCGCUGUCACCCCCGGCCCCCCACGCCCCCUCCUCCCGGACGCAGUACCUGUGCGGCGAUGCCACAGCCUCUUCCCUCCUGCCUCUCCACAAACCGGGGCUCCCCCCGGCGGGAAGCGCCUUCCCCCUGCUCGAAGGGACGCAGAACCUGGUGGGGCUGGGCCGGGCCCAGAGCCGCUACUGGACCUUUUUUGGGUUCCAGGGGGAUGCCUGCGGGCGCAUCCUGGACAAGAGCAAGAUCAUCUGCAAGCUGUGCGGAGUGCGGCUGAGCUACAGUGGCAACACCACCAACCUGCGGCAGCACCUCAUCUACAAGCACCGCUGCGAGUACAACCAGCUGGUGGGGGCCCAGAGCGCCGCCCUCGACAAAGGGGGGGCGGCCGAGUUCGGGGCCGCCCGGCCCCCCGCCCCCGGCAGGACCACCCGGGCCGUGGCGGACUUCAUCGUGCUGGACCUGAUGCCCGUGGAGGUGGUGGAAGGGGAAGGCUUUGGUCAGAUGCUGGGGGUCCUGGACCCCAGCUACAAGCCGCCGGACGCCACCUCCCUAGCCCACACAGUGCUCAAGGACAUGUACACCCAGGCGAAGGGGAAGAUCUGGGGGCUCGUCCGGGCCCUGCCCCAGUGCUCCCUCAGCGUGGACCUGUGGCGCCACAGCGGCACCCUCACCUACCUCACCCUCACGGUGCACUACGUGGACGACUGCUUCGAGGCCCGGGCCCGCGUCCUCUCGAGCCGCCCCGUCCCCGAGGAGCCCAGUGCUGAUAGCCUGGCGGAGGCCCUCGCCGAGGCGGCCAAGGAAUGGGGGGUGCGCGAAAGCGCCUCGUACACCGUCGGCCGCCUCAGCCCUGCCGCCCAGCAGGCUGCCACGGCCCUUGGCUGGACGGCCCUGCCUUGCGUUGGGGAGGCCCUGCGGGUGGCCAUGGAGGCCGCACUGGGCCAGCCGGCCACGCAGGGCGCGUUGGAGAGGCUGCGCCGCUUGGCCUCCUGGGCGCUGGCAGGGGCCGGCCGCAGCGAGAAGCUGUGGGCCCAGGAGCCCCUCCUGCAGGCUCACCUCGGCCGCUUCCUGAGGGACGGGGGCAAAUGGCACAGCAUCUACAUGGUCCUUCAGGGCCUGUUGGAUCACAGCGAGCCCCUGGCAGGGCUUGGCCCCAACGGGGAGGCCACGCUGCGCCCCCAGGACUGGGCCGCGCUUCGGGAUACGGUCAAAGUCCUCAAGCCCAUGGCCAUCGCUACCUCAACGUUUACCAAAGAGCCCUUUUCCAGCCUCUCCCUGGUCAAGCCUGUGCUGACCAGCCUCCUGUACAAACACUUGGUGCCCAGCGAGUGGGACUCCGCCCUGGCCCACGAUGCCAAAGCCGCGGCUCAGAAGGAGCUGAGCCAGCACUUCUCCAAUCCGGACGUCAACCAGGCCCUCAACCUGGCCUGUGCGCUGGACCCCCGCUUCCGCGGCCUGGAUUUCCUGAGCCACUCCGACCGGGUGGAGACCUUGCACCUGCUCAAGACGGAAGCCUCGCGCCUGGCCGAGACCCCCGCCUCGUUGACCUCCGGCCUGCCUGACGUCGCCUCACCCCCGACCAAGCAACCAAAGCAAGACGCAGGCAUCGAGUUCCUGCUGGGGGACCUGUGCAGUGUCCGCGGCGCCUCGGGCAUCUGCUCUGCGCACCAGCAGGCCGAGCAAGAGACAGCCAGCUUCCAAACCAGCAAGGCCUCUGCCCUCGGCCAAGAACCUCUGCAGUGGUGGAAGACGCACCACACCCAGUACCCUCUGCUGGCCCGGGCGGCCCGCAAGCUGCUCGGCGUGCCAGCCACUUCAGUGCCUGCCGCCUGGCUCUUCAGUGGCGCCGGUGACGCCAUCCAGGCCAAGCGCCAAGCCCUGACACCCGAGCACGUCGACAUGUUGGUGUUUCUCCACGGCAACCGAGCCAUGCUGUAUUAGG